AUGCAUUACAUCCGCUUUCUCAAGCCACCACGCCUUACAAGUAAUGCCCUACGAGCCGGGCCUUCCUCUUUAACAGCAAAAAUCACAAUAACAACCGACCUUGGAGAAUCAUUCCUCUGGUCAAACAUCAUUGUAAUAGCUGAGACUGUUGCCGAUGAUGGUCAAACGGUAAUCGGCCGGGCAAAGGAAUUAGAAUGGAAAGGCGAAGAUGGAAUGAGAGCUCUUGAAGCAGUUCUCCAAAUCCCGGCACGUCACAAGGAUGAUAUACGGAUGUUAAUACGUCCUAAAGACCAAAAUCUUGCUGUAGACUCUUGCUUUGCGGUAUUAGAAGGAAAAAAUGAAGGAGGUGUGGUUGCGGUCAGAAGUAUGUCGAUGUCUCAAAAAGGAAAUGCAACUUCGUCAAACACCAGCCAACCACCGCUCGCCGAACGAGUCUUCAACACAGGCAAAGAGGGAAAAGACUUGCACAUUUGGGAAGAGACAGGCGAGUCAAUCGCAAGACACAUCUGGGAUGCCGGUCUUGUACUCUCCGCCUAUAUCUCUACCCUCCCUACCACCCAGCCCAAUCUUCCCAUCCUCAACUCAAUUCUCACCACCAAACCGAGUCUCAAAAUCCUAGAACUCGGCGCCGGUUGUGGCAUCGUCGGCAUAUCCCUCUCCACCCUCCCCAACACCACCCAAAUCAUCUUAACAGACCUCCCCGAAGCCACCGACAUCCUAACCCAAAACCUCUCCUCCCUCCCCUCUGACAUCUCUCACGAGGUCUUAGACUGGUCCGCCCCGCUGCCCGCGCAUAUCGCCGGGACGGAGUGGGAUCUCAUCGCUAUCUCGGAUUGCACUUAUAAUCCUGAUGUGGUGCCCGAUUUAGUCAAGACGCUUGGGGAGUUGGCGAGGGGAAAGGAGGUGUAUGUGGUGUUGGCCAUGAAGGUGAGACAUGAGAGUGAGUUGGUGUUUUUUGAGUUGAUGGAUAAGAAGGGGUUUGAGGUGAGGGAGAAGAUGAAGAUUGAGUUGCCUGUGCUGGGUGGUGAGGGGGAGUGUGUGGAGAUUUUUGGGUUUGGUAGAUAA